ACAUUCAAACAACCUUCACCUUUAACUUAAAUUCCUUCCAAUUCUUCAUCAUAAGGUCGAAUUCAUCAGAAUUCGAUCUUAUAUGGUAUUGAACUUCUAAAUAAUUUCACCGCAAAGAAAAUCCAAAGAAGAAAUUAUUUAGAGAAUGGAAAAGGUGAUGGGCCUUGCUCUAGAGAAGGGUGUGGUGAUUUUCAGCAAGAGUUCAUGUUGCAUGUGCUACGCAGUUAAAAUCCUAUUCCAAGGAAUUGGGGUGGAGCCUCUGGUGUACGAGCUUGACCACGACCCUGACGGCAGAGAAAUGGAACGAGCUCUGAUGAGGAUGGGCUGUGCUCCACCGGUGCCGGCUGUUUUCAUCGGAGGAAAGCUGAGGGGGUCUACUAAUGAAAUCAUGUCACUUCACUUAAGUGGCAGCCUCAAUCAAAUGAUCAAGCCUUAUCAGCAGCAUCAGAAUUUGUCUUAAAUUUUCUAUAUAUCACAUUAAUUGGGUAUUGAUCUUGUUGAUGAACUAAUAAAAGGCAAAUUUGGGUUCAUUUAGUAGUCUAGUAUAGUAGUAUGGUUUGUGUUAAGUAGUAUUGUGUUGUCAUAUAUUUUUCAUUAGCUAGCUAAUGUGUAAUUGGAAUAAGUUUCUGUUUUAUCAAUUAAUGAAGUUAAUUAUGUUUAUAAUA